CGUAGCUGGGUAGCAGCAGCUUUGGGGGGAGGAAAUGAAAGGCGGCUUUGUCGUCGACGGGCCGCUCUUGGUCCUGGGUCGUGUGCUCCUCCUCCUCCUCCUCCUGCCGGUUGCUGUUUGGUUCGUGCUGGACGUAUCCCCGGUCCUCACGUACUCCGGCAGCAUAAUAACGGCCAGACAUCUUCCCCAGGCCCAAGCCUGUAGCAACUAUGCAAAGGGCAAGUGGGUAGCGGAUGCGAGGAGGCCGCUCUACUCCGGCAACGAGUGCAGGCGAUGGCUGUCACGAAUGUGGUCUUGCCGCAGGACGGAACGCACAGAUUUCUCGUACGAGAGCUACCGGUGGCAGCCGCAUGACUGCGAGAUGCCCGACUUCUCAGGGCCAAACUUUCUGCAACGGAUGAGGAACAGAACUCUGGCAUUCGUGGGCGAUUCGCUGGGCAGAGAGCAGUUCCAGUCCAUGAUGUGCAUCGCGACAGGCGGCAAGCGCAGCCCCGAGGUUGAAGACGUCGGCCGGAGAUACGGCCUCGAAAAGGCCCCGUCGCCGUUCAGUCCGGGCGGCUCCGCCUACCGCUUCCCAGAGACCAACACCACCAUCCUCUUCUACUGGUCCGCCACCCUGUCCCAGCUGGAGCCUCUGACGGACGAGAGGAGGAGCUACGCGCUGCACCUCGACCGGCCGGCGCCGUUCCUGAAGGAGCACCUCCCCAGCUUCGACGCCCUGGUGCUCAACACCGGCCACCACUGGAACAAGGUGAAGUUCCGCAGGAACCGCUGGAGGCUGUACGACGGCGGGAAGCCGGUGGGGGAAGCGAACCUCAGCCGUGCGAGGGGCGCCAAGCUCCACAGCAUCGCCAGGUGGGCGGACGCGCAGCUCGCGCGGCACCCUCGGGUGAGCGUUUUCCUGAGGACCAUCUCGCCGGUGCAUUUCGUCGGCGGCGAGUGGGACACCGGGGGGAGGUGCGACAGCACCGUCCCCUUGUCCGGCGGCAGCGGGGUCUCGCGGGAUCGCUCGAGCGACCUGGCUGCGGAGCGCGCGGUGAACGGGACUCGGGUUAGGCUCCUGGAUGUCACCGCGAUCUCGCAGCUGCGCGGCGAGGGCCACAUCUCUAACCAUAGCACCAAAGUUCAGAGGGAGGUUUAUGAUUGUUUGCAUUGGUGCCUUCCGGGCAUACCGGAUACGUGGAAUGAGCUCCUUUUUGCACUGAUGCAGUAACUGUAGAUAUGAUGUAUACGCUUCAGUAAAUGUGAUCUUUUUGUGUAGGGCACUCCAGUUUUUUUU